UGUCAACCUGCUUAAACGAUCGUACGACAAAGAACAAAGUGAGACUGGUCAAAUGAGGCCGGCAGCUUGCACAAAGCUGACAAAAUAAGCGCAUUGUCAAUAAAAAAAGAGCACUUUGUCUUUUUGUCACUACAAAUGUUGCCUUUCUCGCACCUUGGGUACCUACCUAGUAGCUAGGGUACCUAAUCCGAGCUACGACUGGACAUUCCUUCUCCACCACCAACAUAAUAUCACAUCUCCAACUCCAGUUACUGGGGUCUCAUUGCGAUCAAGCGAUCAAUCAUCCGCCGCUGCCAAAAUAACAAACAAGUGCUUAUUUUCUUGCUGUCAGGCAAGGCAAAGGAAACUGUCGAGCGUCGCUUGCAAGGGGUGCAGCGCAUUGCAGUGCAGUGCCAAACCCACCUCACCCCAUCGCUCGAUCUGAAUCCAGUAAGCCGGAAUAAGCAACCGCUUCCUCGACCAACACACUCAGCAUCGUACGUGUGGAAACCUAUCAAACGCUUCACCUCAUAAACACACUGCUUCGCCCAUAGACCAAGCAAAAGAGUGAAAUCAAAUCUGCCCACUCAUCUUCAGCCUCCAUAACUAUUACUGUUGUAUAGUGGGAAGCAGUCACUGCCUGCCAAGACAAAAUCAAGUACUUGCGUGGUCAAGACCCAGUUUUGACGCCUCUUUGUCGUUCUUUCUGGAAACAAGCAGAGCAACCUUUACUUAACUCUACCUUCCCCAACUCGCCGCUCUCAGUUGGGAACCGGCUCUAUAACAAACAAGAGACCAAGCUUACAGUUGAAGACAAUCAAAAGUUAACCAGGUAAAACUAUUUAAAGCACGAGACCUGAAAACACUAAAACACACAAACACACAUCACAGGACACCAUGUCGCCAGGAGGAGGUCCCCCUCCACCCCCCGAUCCGACCAAGGCCAACUGGCUCAUGGCCUACAUAUUUGUCGGUAUAAUUAUCCCGGUCGGUUACCUGAUCACGGUGGCCAUUAUUGUCAUUCUUGAUCGCCGCGAGAAACCAAACCCACGCUCCGACGCCACCCGCCGCGCUCUCGAGGCCGACGGAGCCUACGGCCGCAUGGGGUUCCCCUGGCGUGACGCCGUCCGCACCACAGAGCCUGACACGGCCAACCCCCGGGCCGUUCAGGGGCCCCAGACCGACGAUGAGAAGGAAAUCCUACGCCAGCUUGAACUGCAGCGCGAGACCCAGGGCUGGGUGCCGCGGCCCCUUGGUGUGAACCAGACGCACGAGGCAGGCGACGGCCGGCCUAGCAGUUACCAGAGCCCACGGAACAGUGACGACCCGUACCUCUCCCAUCUCAAGGAGACGGGCUUCGGCCGCGAUAGUAUGGACGGACCGUACAGGCGGCGCGACAGCCUCUACUCGAUCGACGUUGAGAAGGGCGGCGGCGCCGGUGCCGGCCACAUGACCUCCUCCCCUGUGAACCCCUAUUCUGACAUCAACCCGUACUCGUCUUCUAACCACGGCAGCGUCCACCGCUCCGCGUCCAGCAGCACAAACAACAGCUAUAGGCACAGCUUCGACGUCCGCCGCAACCCCUUCUCGGACGACAACUCGGUCGUCGACCUGACGGGCAACGGCGGCGGCUCGCUCAGGCAGCAGCGCCAGCGCAGAGACAACCCAUAUGGCGACGAGCAGCAUUCGCGCCGGAACCCCUUUAGCGACGACCACGCAGGAUCGAGGCGUCCCAUGUCAUUGUACGAGGAGCCGCUCAGAAGGCCUGAUCCGUCACACCUUGUUUAAAAGAGGUAACUCACAUCCCCCUUUCACAAAACCCAUCGGUUCAUACUUAUACUUUACUUACUUUCCUUUGUCAUCUGGCGAGCGAUGUUUGGCUUUUUGUGCUCUUUAGCUUCUUUGCUUUCUCGGGAGAUCCUCACAUGUUUGCUGUCAAAUCUCCUGCUUUUUGUUGGUACCAUGUACAUGUUAUUGCAUCAUCUCGGCGUUAGUUUUUGGGGCUUGCUAUUCGGAAGGCGUUAUUGGUUUGCGCAAAAGGUCUGGUUUUUUUCAGCGACUUGAAUUCAUUACUAAGAUUGAUUCGGAAUUCUCACCACUGUUUUGCCAAAUGGCUCUCUCUCUCUCUUUACCUGAAACGGUCGUUCUCUCCAAAACAUGCAUAUCAUUGGAAAAUCCUGCCACGUGCUACGUCGUUACUAGAACUGUAACUAGAAGCGCAUGCGAAACGUGCUAUCAUAGGUAUCCUACCACGUCCGAGUGCAGAGCGAAUCCACCCAACGGGCUAACGCAGCGAGGAAUCCAUCGAUUAACACGUUUGUUUCUGCAGGUUAGGACCCCCAAGCCUCAAUCUGAUCGACGGGGUUUUGACACCGUCUGUGCACAACCGCUCGACAAACCUUCGCAUUCGCUGCUGCACAAUGGUUAGGUGGGUAAUUAGGUGAUGGGUAGCAAAAGAAGAAACGAUAAGGAAGAAGAUAAGAAUAAGGAACUCCAAGGUUUUUCGGAACAAACCAUCCACUGCCUUUAAAACCGGCCCCAAUCAAAGAGACGUGGGUGAUAGACAAAAGACAAGCUGUGCGGGUAGGACAAAACUGGCGUGGCAAGCCGCACGACAGGGCAAGCUGCGGCGGGCGGUAGUUGUACUGUAUGUCUAAAAGCAUCUGGCCGGAUAAGGAAAUUUUUUCGAGUAUACCUUGGCCCCCGUGUUUCGGCAAACGUUACUGCGAGAGACAAACCCACAGCUGCCGGAAUCAAGUGCGACCCAUCGGUGUUCCGGAGCGGAGACACCGGUUGAUCGUUCCCUCAUUUGCCUUUCGAUGUCGUUUGAAAC